AUGUCAAGCUCAAGUGUAUUUCCAUAUAAUAAUGAACCUUGCAAUGAACCCUAUGAUAAACCCUAUAAUGAAUCUUGUGAUGAGCUCUUUGAUGAAUCUUUUGAGGAAUCUUACAAUGAACUUCAUAAUGAUGAUACUACUCAGGAGCUAACAAAUAUAACCUGUUUAGAUGAAUUUGAAAAUGAUGAAUCAUUGCCUUUAACUAAAGCUACCAUAACUUAUAAAUUAUUUGUAUAG